UAUCCCGCGCUAUUUGCGUGUAACUUAUUUACGAAUGUUUCUUCAAGACAUAGAGAAUGAGAUUCGUUCGUUUCUGGAGAUCGCCUGCACAUUUGUUUUGAGGCUCAAUAAAUAUUGCCAAGCUUAUUCUUCCAAAGUGUAUCAGCGAAAAGCGUUCGGGCAUUGACGGAAUUCAAAUGUGGGAAACUUUAUAACAUGUGAAGCGGUCAGUUUUCUACCGCAAGGCCUAUUGUUGGAAUAACUGCAGCUAGUGUUUGUAAGCUGUAAAGGCAUAUAUCGUGUUUUGGAAUGUGUCUGUUCUGGAAUGUUCCUGUCAAUUUGGCAUAGAUGGAAUGUAAUGGUCUCCUAGAGAUGUUACCUGUUGCAGUGCUGCUGUUAUUCUCAUUGGUCAAAGCUGAAGAAUCUGUUAAGAUAAGACGGGACAACUAUGUGGCAGAGAAAACAGCAUCAGUGGGAGAGAAUGUAAAAUUAUUUUGUGAACUGCCUAAAGAUGUGAAGAAUCAAAGGUCCUUUUCCUAUAAAUGGACUAAAGAUGACACUGUUAUUGAAAAAACAAAUGAUCAUUACAAGAUUAGAAAAUACACUUUUCUCAAGAUCAAAUCUGUAGUGUUGAGCGAUGCAGGAACGUACAAGUGUUUUGUCAGCAAUGCAAUGUGGAAUGAUUCUAUUACUGUGCAAGUCCAUAUAUUAUCAAAAGGUACUAUGAGAUUUGCUAAGAGGGAUUUCGCCCCAGAGCUUGUCGAAAUUGUUGGAAACAAAGUUUCGUUAGAUUGUACAAUACAUUCGUCUGGUCCUGUAACCAUUACUUGGUAUUUUAAUGGCAAAAUGCUAACCUUUGAUACAAUAAACAAGAACAGGCUCAUGAAAAUAAGCCCGGAUCGUCAAGUGCUGACAUUGUUGCAACUGCACCCGAAAGACCAAGGGAAAUACGAAUGCAUAGUUUCUAACGGUCGAAGCUCGAUAAAUCGGACAAUGAACGUCAUUCCACACGAGGUGGUUAGAACGAGUCCCUAUAUGCUGAAGCCAGUGGACAACAGCACGAUAUAUGCAUCGGUUGGUCAAAACGUUACAGUGGAAUGUGUUGCAUAUGCCCAGGGAAAUUUGCAUUUUCAGCUGCUGCGUGUAACAGCUAAGUCAAGUAAUGGCUCUAAGGUGAUACAGGUCCUGAAAAAACCGACCGAGUACAAGAGUGACCCGCUCUCAGACACCAAAUCGGUUCGUAGAAUAGAAGCUGUUUUUCAUUUUAAUAAUAUCAGCAGAGAUGACUUUUUUGUCUACACCUGUAUGGCUGGAAAUUCGGUUGGCUACGCGACAUCGUCAUUCAGACUUGCUGAGAUACCUCAUCGCGAAGAACCAUCAACUGCUAUACCAACAACAAGCAUGAACAGCUUGGCAACCAGGAUGGGCGUCAAGGAAAAAUUGAUAAAGAGUACGAGUGAAACAACCCUUAUUGUCGUUCUGCUUCUUUUGGUAUUUUUCUUCUGCCUAACGGCCGUACUGCUGGUUAUAUAUCUUCGCAAGAGAAAAUCAUUUUGUAGAAAAAACAAAUACGAGAAACGGGUUGUCCACACCUCUCACCAUACUGUGGAAUUUGAUCCUGACGUCAUGACGAGUUUGAAUACGAGUCAGUUUGGGUCACUGCAAAGGCAGAGGACACUUAGUCGUAACAAGUCGAGGCUAUCUUCAACGCUCACUGAACAAUUUUUCCAGGCAGAUAUUGUUUAUGAUCCAGAAUGGGAAGUUAGAUAUGACAGUCUUGAGUUUCAGUCUUUGCUUGGUGAAGGUGCCUUUGGUCGCGUCAUGAAAGGUAUCUCAAAUGGAUUGCCUGGCAACCCUAAUGCCACCGUUGUUGCCAUCAAAAUGCUUAAAGAGCAUGCUACCGAUCACGAUUUGUCUGAUCUCAUAUCAGAGAUGGAAGUCAUGAAAAUGAUUGGCAAACACAAGAACAUAAUCAACUUGCUCGGCGUAUGUACGCAAGAGAAACUGUGUGUGAUUGUUGAAUACUGUCGCUUUGGAAACUUAAGACAGUUCCUGAGAGAAAGACGACCAACAGGACCUCCACUGCCUGAACCUCCUGAGAAGCUAACACUUUUUGAUCUGACGUCAUAUGCGUACCAGGUCUCUAAAGGAAUGGAAUACCUUGCAUCGAAGAAGUGCAUUCAUAGAGAUUUGGCUGCUAGGAAUGUCUUAGUGAAUGACGAUAAAAUCCUGAAAAUAGCAGAUUUCGGCCUGGCUAGAGACAUACACGCAGAGGAUUACUACAGAAAAAGAACAGACGGACGACUGCCAGUCAAAUGGAUGGCCCUUGAAGCAUUGUUUGAUCGUGUUUACACAACACACAGUGACGUGUGGUCUUUUGGUGUUCUUGUUUGGGAAAUCGUGACUUUCGGUGGAACACCUUAUCCAGGAGUACCAUUAGAAAGGUUAUUUGAUUUACUGAAAAGUGGGUAUCGUAUGGAGAGGCCGAUCAAUUGUUCUGAGGAGCUAUACAACUUGAUGCUUUGUUGCUGGGAAGAAAACCCGUCAAAAAGACCAGCUUUUUCUCAAAUCGUUAACAGGCUUGAGAUUUUGAUGCAAGACCUAAGCGACCAGGUUUACCUGCAAUUACAGCCACCCGUGGUUAGUCCGUUGGCUAUGGGACCGUACGACUCCAAUUCCAGCAGCUCGAGCUCUUCGGAUUCUAGUGUGUUUGACCGCCAGGUGCAAGAGCCUCAGAUAAGUGAAAAUACAAACAGGCAACAUUUCUCAUUCGAGAAUACCGGAGCUGGACCUAAUGAAAAUCGCGCAUUGAUAAACCGGACGGAUAGUGACUGUGUUGAUUCUGGUAUUUCUCCCGGGGUCUUUGAAAACGAAGAAAGUGAACGGCGAACGUUUUUAAGAGCAGCUAAAUACAGCGUAUCCUUCAAAAAUGUGUGAAAGUUUGGUUUGAUGUAUGGCUCUUUCGGUUAAAGUGUCUAUCAAGUUUGAUGGCUCAGCGACGUUGCUGUCAAGUGUGAUGUCGAGCUCUAUAGAAGCUGUUCUGUUAGCGAAAUGUAGAGUGGUGUUGCUAAGACAUGUCCAAAAACAUGUCAACCCUCUGGUUGAGCCAAUAAACGCUUGCUUAAAGUCAAAUUGCAACACCUGGUUUUGCCAUUGGUUACGGGGCGUUCAUGGUUGUCAACUAGCAAGACGUUUUGUUAGUUCUAAUGCGUUUAAUUGUUAUUCUGUUCAGAAACAUACGCAAUGUGCAUCUGUUACUAUUUUUGCCUCUAUAAAGCCAGGCUGUUUACCACGGCAGUAGAGGUCCACUUUUGAUAUAUGUAAACUUUUAGCUAGAAUAACUGAAGCACAACAGUGAAUAGUCACGCACCUGUUUAGACUUUCCUACUGUUAUAUUUUUUCGUGGCACCAGUUAUGUAAAGCAUACCAUUUUUAACUCGAGACAAAGUGUUAACGACACGAGACAAAGUGUUUCCCAUACUACUACCUAAUAAGCAAAUAUAGUAAUAAGUAAUAAGAUAGUAUUUGAUUUUUGCUUAUAAAUAUCUUACUACCUAAAACGUUUUCAAUCAACAUAUUUUUCAUUACUAAUACCCUGCCUGCCUGCCUUUGAAUGGCAAGUUUUCUUUUAUUGUUUGUAUAAAAUUACCAAUCGGCACUAGGAUAGGUUUUCACAAUUUGUUUGUCAUUGAUGGCUUUCCUUAGCUUUAGACGAGUUAUUACCUCUUUUUGUUUCCAUGUUGUUAGUAUUCUCUUUCAGCAUUGAGAAAAGCAAGGAAUCCAGGUCCCGACUUUGUUGAUCAAUAACCAGACCCUAUCUUAAAACCAGAAGAAUUGCAAAUAUUUGUUUUUCGCGCAUUUUCCAAUCUGAUCUGAUAUCCAUUCCCCUCAUAAAUACCAUAUCUUUAGAACAACACAAGCUUCAGAAUCAUGCCAAUGUCAGCAUGACUGUGAUGUCAGUAAAGCAGAUUCAUGGUCGUCGUGAAUUAGAUAUAAUCGCGAGGGACAGCUAUUGUCUCUUGUAUCACUUUCCGUCUUUGUUGUAAGAUAUUUCGGCUUCUUGCUACUCUUUUUGAGGUUAAAUUAAGCGUAUUUAUUGUUCAAAACGAAUAACAUGUUUUGUACAUCUUGUAUAUACUUAUUUCUAUUUUAUGCAUUAUAACGAAUCUUUGGUAUGCUAUUUUGUAGAAUUGAAAAUUUGUAUCUUUUUUAAUUUUGAAUUGUACCAUGUGCAGGUAAUUUCUUUUUAAGCUGUGAAUUUGUACUAUUUUUAAGGAUAACUUCUAUCGUUGGUGUGGUAA